UCAAGUAGGAUUAGGACAUCUUUGUAAUUUGAAGCAUAAAUGGUGGAAUCUCGAAUUUAUGGAAUUGGAAUCUUGUUGUGGGAGAGCCCUACUUUUUCUCUCUCUGUUCACCCAGUUAGGGUUUUGACGAGGCGAUCUCUGGCGGAAGUUUUGUUCAGCCCAAGGAAGCUACUCAAUGGUGGUGAUGUGUUCAUACAGGUUUCAGUAAUAAAGACCUUCUCUGUCAAUACUAAGGAUUUUUGUCUUCUGAAUUAUAUGCCAUUCUUGUAAGAGAUAUACAUGGCUGGACUGUUACCUGGGGAUCCCUCACAUCAUGGAAUGGUUGAAAGUGGGCCUUACAACUUUUCCCAGGACAGGUCUGAAGAAGUUGGCCGCUGGUAUUUAUCUAGAAGGGAAAUUGAAGAAAAUUCCGCAUCUAGAAGAGAUGGCAUUGACUUGAAGAAAGAGACGUACUUGCGCAAGUCAUACUGUACAUUUCUGCAGGAUUUAGGCAUGAGACUCAAAGUACCCCAGGUAACAAUAGCUACAGCGAUAAUUUUUUGUCAUCGCUUUUUUCUACGCCAAUCUCAUGCAAAAAAUGAUAGAAGGACCAUUGCAACAGUCUGUAUGUUCCUUGCCGGGAAGGUUGAAGAGACUCCACGGCCACUGAAGGAUGUCAUUCUUGUUUCUUAUGAAAUCAUUCAUAAAAAGGAUCCAGCUGCUGUCCAAAGAAUCAAGCAGAAGGAAGUGUAUGAACAACAGAAAGAGUUGAUUUUACUUGGUGAAAGGGUUGUUCUUGCAACUCUAGGUUUUGAUCUCAAUGUGCACCACCCAUAUAAACCCCUUGUGGAGGCAAUAAAGAAAUUCAAGGUUGCUCAGAAUGCCCUUGCCCAAGUUGCAUGGAAUUUUGUCAAUGAUGGGCUACGGACGUCGCUCUGCCUGCAAUUUAAGCCCCAUCACAUUGCGGCAGGUGCCAUCUUCCUUGCUGCUAAAUUCCUCAAAGUGAAGCUCCCAUCGGAUGGUGAGAAGGUCUGGUGGCAAGAAUUUGAUGUCACCCCACGCCAAUUGGAGGAGGUAAGCAAUCAAAUGUUAGAAUUGUAUGAACAAAACAGAGUACCACCUUCCCAGGGGAGUGAAAUGGAAGGAAGUUCUCAAAUUGGACCAAGUCACCGGACCCCAGGGAAAACUCCAGCUGGUAAUGAGGAACAAGCAUCAGCUAAUGGUUAUGGUCAAUCAGGAAGUUCAUCUACAACAAAGCCUGGAGCUGCGGUACCAUCAUCUCGGCCUGCAUCUGACCAAUCAAAUGUUGACAAUCAUGGUGGGCCUCAGAGGAGUACUCAAACUCGGAGCAAUGACCAUGGGAACACAGAGAUGAGAACUGUUGUUUUGGACAAGGUGGAUAUUGAAAAUAAAGAGCGUCGGCACUCCGAACAAGAUUUUUUUCAUUGCAACAGGGAGAAUAUUGGAGAAGCUUCAAACAGGCCCAAGUUUGGGUCAGAUGGACAUGUGGAAGAUCAUGAAAGAAAUGGUGGGAGAAGUGAAACCACUGAAGCGGGGGAGUGGAAGAAUGAAGGUGCACAAUCCAAGUUUGGAAACACCACUAAUCGUAGAGAAGGACCUAUAGGUCAGUCUCCACGGGAUGCAAUUAAGAAGAUUGACAAGGACAAAGUCAAGGCAGCUUUAGAGAAACGGAGGAAAUCUCGUGGUGAUGUGGCCCGUAAAAUGGAUUUGAUGGAUGAUGAUGACCUUAUUGAGAGAGAGCUGGAAGAUGGAGUUGAAUUGGCUGUUGAAGAUGAGAGAAACAAGCGGGAGAGAAGGCAGAGCUGGUCUAAACCUUCUAACAGAUUGGAAUCUGAAAACCUAGCUUAUGGAAAGGAUUAUGAUGAUGCUGCAGAUGGAAAAUACCCUGUGAGGGAAGGGCCAUCGUCAUGGGUUCCUGAUGGAGAGAAUGUGGAAGAAGGGGAGGUAUCCUUGUUUGAUGAUGCUGAGCACGAUCACCAUUCUCCCAAGUUCAGCAACCGUAAGAGAAAGGCAGUUAGUCCACCAGACAAACAUUUUGAGGGAAAGCAACGGCAUGACUACACACCGGGAUACCAUCAUAAUCAUAAUCAUGAUUUGAUGGAAGACGGAGGCAGGAUGGGACGACAUGGUUAUGCAGAAAGGGAUCACAAAAGGCAUGUACAGGAAAAUCAUGUGUGAGACGGGAGCACCAUCUGCUGCUUGGUAGUGUAGUAAGACAAACGUCUUUUAUUGGAUAUGCAUGACUGGAAAAUGUGGUUUCCAUGUAUCUUAAGAAAUCAAUCAUGGUAAAAAAAUGGGAGGAUGACCGAUCAAAAAUUGGAGAGAUGCUUCAAGUUCCUUUCUGGUAUGCCUUCUGAACCUAACAAGGCUGUUUAUUCUUGUUAUCUUUGAAAGUUUCUGCAUCAAAAGAAGAAAUGAGAAGGAAGAAACGUUGAAGCUUCACUUCAAAUUAAUCAUAAUUUAUCGAUCUUCAUCCCCACUUCUCUUUUCGUUGGGGGGAGUACGGGUUUCAAAUGUAUGACAAGAUCUUUCUGCAGGUUUACCACUAUACAGACACCAGUAAGCAGGACAUACAGUCAAACUUGUGCUCUACAACAUGCGUGGUGAGGUCUUUGAUCCGCUACAUAAUUGCUAUGCUCAUUUGUGACUGAAUGAUAUCCAAAUGUUUGGAUCUAUAAACCGAAUUGACCAAGCCGGACUUGGAUCUAAAAUAUCAGUUCAAUUUGUAAUGGUUUGAAUGUUGAUCCUCCCCAAUUUAAUCUGAUUAAGAUCCAAAUCCCAUAAUAUUGAUUUGUA